CAAUCCAUCAAAUGGGAAAGGACAGGAUGGCAAAAAGGCAACAAUGAAUUUCAUUUGAUUUAGAUUGCACAUUUGAAGGGCUCUUUUAUGAUUCAUUUGCCUUGUCAUCAUUGUGAAUAAAUAGUGAGCCCACUGCAGAAUGAAGUGAGUUCACUGAGACCCUACUGAGACAGCAGUCUUCAUUGUGUGAUCAGAUUUUGGAAUCAUGAGUCGUGGGUGGGCUGUGUGGUGCCAAGGUCAAGUGCUGCCUUAGGGAAGUUGGAUGAUGUCACAAUGGUUUCACAGUAACUGUCACAGUCACAGAAAUAUGGUGAAUGAGUGAUGCAACACUGGCGUUAUUAAUGGUGAAUUCUGACUCUAGAUCAGUCAGCUUUCUCUAUCUGACGAACAGAAGAGAACAGCAGUAUGGCAAAAAAGUAAGUCUGUCCCACACAUAUAACCAUCAAGCAUAUGAAAAGUGCCAUCAUGACCUGUUAUAACCGUGAUGAUGCUUACUGUGAAACCUUAUAGAGCCUGUGGCAGCUUACAGAGCAGAUGUGUCCUUCACUUGCUUAAUCUAUUUCUAAUUAGCAACCGAGUUAUUACACUGUUAAUGGACUAUGUUCUGUAAACACAGACUUUACAUUACACAAGUGUCUGUCAUUCAGGCGGUUUAAGAUUUGAGAAAUGUAGUAAUUGUUCGGUUGUUUCUGUGGGCCCCAGAACAUGUGUGUUUGCUUUCCUCAGAAUGAUUUGACAAAUAAUGAAUGAGUUGUCUUGAUGAGACUAAGCAACACUUUUGUUGUAGCAAAGCUGUGGGGAGCACAUUCUAUCAGCCUGUCAGCAAAGAUGAGGUCAUUAGUCCGCUCGCCAAAGAGAUCUACCGAAGGGCAAAAGUUUUAGAUUCUCAGGAGAUCUGGAACAUCCUGAGGGCUGAGUCUGAAUCAAAGCUUGCUCAGCUGCCAAUGUCUUCACUUCUCAAGUUGCUGGAUGAGCAGCAGAAGUGUAAGCUCAUGGCGGAGGAGAAGGACCGCACCGUGCUGCAGAGGUGUCGGGUCAUGCUCAUGUACAAAGCAUCUCAGUUCCACCACGACCGCACCACUUUGCUGAUCACCAACAACCCACUGCAGACCGCUGAUGACCCUACUGGACCCAGCAGCCCCGCUAGAUACCUACACCACGACACUGACCAUCCCACUAGAUACCUGCACCCCGACACCAUCCCCAUAGCCCAGGUGACCAUCCCACUAGAUACCUGCACCCCGACACUCUCCCCAUAGCCCAGGUGACCGUCAUCAACUUACAGGAUCAAUCGGACUGAGCGACUCGCCAAACCUACAGUAUUGCUCUACUCAGCGUUCUGAACGUUGUGUGUUGACAUCAGAGGCAGUUAGGGUUCCGGUCCAGACAGGUCCUCUAUUAGAGCCCCGCCCACAUAGCGUGCCGAGUGGACGACAGAGAGAGAGACAAACAGUGCUGCAGUGAUCAGCUGCCAACACCUCCUGAGAGAGGUAGAGAUGUGCUGAUAUGAGAUGCACUCAGAGAUAUCCUUUUCUGCUCUAAAACCAUCCCUUAGGGUUUCUUUAGAGCACUCAGAGAUAUCCUUUUCUACUCUAACACCAUUCCUCAGGGUUUCUUUAGAGUCAUAAAUCUGAACCAAAGCACAAUAGUCUGAGAGAUGCACUCCAGGAUAUAGCUCACUGUCUACACGAAAAACGACUCAAUCUGAAACAUUUUUGUUGUUUUGGUACAUGAACAGCUGUCUCUGAACUGUUUACCUAAUAAUGAUGUAAACAUCCUCUGUUAAGCAUUUUAACCCUUGUUGUCAUAGCAUUUUCAUUUGAUAUCUAUUAUCUUUGAGUACAGACCAAACUAUAAGUAAACAUAUUGUCAAAGUCCAAACCUUUGGACCGCACUGAAUACGUGGCCUACUGGUUAGCGCUUCGGACUUGGAACCGGAGGGUUGUCGGUUCGAUCCCCGACCAGUAUGCACGGCUGAAGUGCCCUUGAGCAAGGCACCU